AUCUCUAUCCCCCUUCUUUUAUUUGCUUUGUCUCCCUCGUUCAAGAACGUUCCAGGCUUCCAGCACUAGCAGGCGCAGUUCUCAUUCUCCAGCCUCUCUCUCUGUUUCUUUUUUUUUUUUCUUUUUAACUUGAUUCCAGAGGGCAUUUGUGUAAAAAUGCCAUAAGUCCACUUUUCUCCCCCACAAUUUUCCUCCCAAAUGGAGGAAGAAAUUUGUGGCCUGGCAGAGAAAAUAAUCUCCUGGAUUUUCCUUCCUUGCUUUUUUCUUCAGUUUUCCAAGCAGUGAAAAACACUGUUUUCCUCAGCAUUUUCCAUCCCUCCUAAAAUUACCCCCACCAAACACAGUGGUAGUGUGCAGUCCACACUAAUUUUAAAAGUCAGCUUUUUUUAUUUUUUUUAUUUUUUAUUAUUGUUAGAUGGAUUUAUACGAGUUAAAUAUAAUUUACCAAUAAAAUAAAUAACUUUUGAAUGGAAUAAUGACUGAUAGGUAGAUGACAACUAUCUAGGGGGUUUUCAUUCCAAUUGCUAAGGCCUUGCUGGGGUAAAUAUUGUUGCGGAUAAAAGGUGUUGAUUGGGUGUGAUGGUGUGAACUCACUGGUGGAUAGGUGGCUGGGGGAUCUGGAGUUCAAGAAACCAGCUUCCACAAUGAGAUUUCGACAAGGGGCUGUGUUCAUUUCAAGUGCAGAUGCAGUUCUUUAGGUUUCACUUGGACUCGAUCUAGCCAAGGCUAAGAGAAUGCUGAAAAAUUUCAUGAUUAAGACUGCGCACCGGAGCAUAGAAUAUAAAAUAAUUGGCCUGAGUGAUUCUCGAUGCAAGGACCAGUUAUUUGAUAUGAGAGUGAAAAAUGGUGACGGUGCAAAUAAAGGUCAUUCUGUGGCUAUCAGUGUCUAUGAUUAUUUCCUUCAACACUAUAAGAUACAACUUCAAUAUUCUGCAUACAUGCCAUGUGUUGAUGUCGGCAAGCCAGAACGGCCCAAAUAUUUGCCUCUGGAGCUCUGUACGCUUAUUCCCGAUCAACGCUACACAAAAGCAUUAUCUUUGAUGCAGAGGGCAUCGUUAGCUAAAAAGUCAAGGCUGAAUCCUCAGGCAAGAGUACGAACUCUGAUUGAUGCUGUGGGAAACCAAAAAGAUGACCCUGUGCUUGCUGAGUUUCAUAUUUCUAUAGAGAAACAAUUGACUCAGGUUGAGGCCCGCAUCCUUGAGACUCCAAAGUUGAAGGUUGGUAACAACGAAGACUGCAAUCCUUGUAAUGGGCGAUGGAAUUUCAAUAGCAAGAAGCUUUAUGAACCUACUCGAAUUGAAAGAUGGGUUGUUGUCAAUUUCUCGACACCCUGUGAAACUUUUCUUUUUUCACAGGAGCUUAUCAACUGCGGAAGAGAUAUGGGCAUUCAUAUUGAUCAACCAUAUAGGCUGAUCGAAGAAAAUUCAGAAUUUAUUACUGAACCUGUUAAGAGAGUUGAAGAAAUGUUUAAACAGGUUAAAGAAGCUAGCAUGACCCAGGUUCAAAUCAUCCUGUGUGUCUUGCCAAAGAGGAAAAACUCUGGUAUGACUUCGUUCUCUGCCUUUAUUUCCUGUUGAGGAUUUCCCUUUCUU